AUGACUUUUAGCAGGGAGUUCGAAGAAAGGAAAAAUGCAUUCUCAGCAGGUCGGAAGUGGCUUUGCAUCCAGCUCCUAUCUAAACCGAAAGAAGGCGAGAAAGAUGGCCUCGAAACCAUCUUGCGCGUCAGAAUACCUCCCGCGAGAGAUAGGAUUCUCAGUGAAUCAUUCAAGGAAAAUGAAAAUACCGGGUUCUUUCGUGAACGAAGCAACGCUAGGAUAUUAAGAGAGCACGUGAAAAGCGUCCGGAUACCGACGAUCUACCACAUCUCUCCAUGGGGCUCGCCGAACGCCGAAAAAGCCGGAUAUCCCUUUAUGCUGAUGGAAUGUGUGGGUGGUAACAAGCUGAAGGACGUUUUGCGGUGCAAGGGGAUCGCGUCAUUCUCGAAUUUGAGUACAGCGAUACAAGACCACAUUAUGUCUCAAUGGGCUGCCGCGGUCGUGGACCUGUCCACGCUUAGAUCGAAUUACAUUGGACCUCUCGCAACCCAACUUCCCAUUUCUGGCAUCACCAGCCAUAUCUGGUGGGGUAACCCGGCGAUCCUGUAUUGGUCUACCGACUCUCAACAUUUCGAUCGCCCCUUGGAAUACUUUAGAUCCGGCUUGAACCAAAGAAUUGAAAAGCUCAACACGGCCAGAGUGGAACAAUAUGGGUAUUACCAUACAGAUGUCACAGCGGAGUUCCUCGGCGUACUGUUGUUUAUGGAUAUCUGCCGGCAACAUUUCGAGAAUGGGCAUGAGACACCACUCGUUGGGUUACCGGUGGUGCAUAGAACACUGACUGAGAGAAACAUCUUGAUGGAUGAUGAGUUCAACUUUGUGGGUCUCGUGGAUAUGAAAGAUGCACUCAUUCUGCCACAAGAACUGCAAGAGUCGCACGUCUGGGACUGCUGGACCAGCGAUGAUUCCAAGGCCAAGUACCAUUCUAUGCUUCUUAGAGCUGAAGAGAACGCGAGGAAGAAAGGACACGAAGUCUGCUUCCCCCUCAGUGCGGUAACGGAUAACAAGCUCAAAACAGGCUUCAAGUUGUAUAAUAAUCUGGGGGUGAAUCCGCCAAACGAUCCCGCUAUUGUGAUGAAGCUUUUAGAUUUGGUUCGAAAACCAGACCCCUAUGAUCCAAUGCACUAUCUUGCUGCAGCUGUUGCUAAUCAUUGGUCUUGUUUUUACGGGAUUGCUGCGGCUUGGGCGCACGACGGAGAGACGGGUAGAAUGGCAUUUGAGGCUGCCGUAAGAGCCAUGGGCCUUUGA